CUUCCGCAGGCUCCGAAACCCAAAAGCUCAACGCAAAAGCUCUCGCAGUUCCUUCGCAUUCUCGUUCGCAGUCCGGCAGGACGGCACCGUCGACGUCGCGACGCUCCGCGUGCUCGACACGUGCUUAAGAGAUUUUCGCGUUCUGCAGCAGGUGGACGCGGGACCAAACUUUUAUUAUUGCGGGGGAGGAUUUCAGUGAUCCCAAAGGUUUUUUAUUUUUAUUGAGGGGUUGACUGAACACUAAAUAUGUUUGGAUUAAAUUUUUUUUUGGUGUUUGUUGAGUGGUUGGUGAUGGUUUGGACGUUGCAGGGGCGAGUUUAGAAAGAUGCCAUCGAAAAUGAGUCUCGGCGGCAGCCAGUGUCACAUGUUGGAGCAGCCCAGCUGGUCCAGUCCGUCGGCUAGUCCGUCGCCGCCUCCACCACCGUUGCCGCCCCCAGUGGCGGCGCGUUGGGCCAGGACUGAGCAAAACAGCCAAGAUUCGUGUCCGCACUGUAGAGGACGACUGGCUUCCUUGCCUACUAGGACGACAUCGUUGAGCAGUUACAGUUGCAAAGAUCGGAGUACGCCAGUUCCAAGACCGCCGGACGACGAAGACUCGUUUCCCGUUAUCUGUGAUAGAGACUUUCAUUCGUUACAUCGAAAUAUUCCUGCUCUACGACGUCGCGACGUCGAUACUACGACUAUAAAGCAACAUUAUUAUCCUGAAGGUGGUUGGGGUUGGUUGGUAUGUGGUGCAGCAUUCCUAGCACACCUCCUCACCUCAGGUAUGCAACUAGCUUUUGGACUAUUGUACCUCUACACAAUGAAGUUCCUAAUUAAGAGCAAGAGCGAAAACGAGAGGGAAUUUUACGUAAUGGCAACAGCCUGGUUAGGUGCAUUAUGUCUCUGCGUAUCGUUUACAACAUCGCCCCUGAUAGUGGCAGUUUGUCGAAGAAAAUCCACCAGACUAGCAGCUGUUAUAGGCGGCUUAGUAAUGGCUUUGGCCUGUUUGUUCACUUCGUUUGCCGUUAAAUUUCAUCAGGCCUUGCUCAGUUACGGUUUAGUACUUGGUUUGGGUUCUGGAAUUGUUAGAGAAACGUCUACCAUAGUUUUGGGGCAUUAUUUUAAGAGGAGAAGAGAGUUUGUUGAAAUGGUAGCUCAAGCUGGUACUGGUGUUGGAAUAGCGUUGUUUUCUGUUUUAUAUAAAGAAGGCAUUGGGAAACUAGGUUGGAGAUUAGGUCUCCAAGCAAUCACAGGUCUCCUAGCUCUAGCAUUUUUUCUACCGAUCGUCUACAGAUCGGCCAACUUGUACCACCCGCAACGCAGAGCUAUCAUGCACCUGAAAAACCAAAGAAGAAAAAUGAAAGAGAAAAAGACCCAUUCGAAAAACAAAAAAGCCCCAAUGUUCGAUUUCAGCCCGUUGAAAAGCAGAGGGUUGCGGGUGAUAAUGCUGGCUUGCGGAUUCGGUGCGCUGGGCAUUUACGCUCCGAUUUUUUAUUUGGUUUAUCAAGGCUACAGGGAAGGACUGGAGGACAGUGCUUUGGUACUGCUUCAAACUUUUAUGGGGUUCGCUUCUGCUUUGGGCUGUGUGGGCUUUGGCUUGAUAACUGUUAAACCCAGCACGCAGUGCCUCAUAUCCAGACAGUACUUAUGUCAGACUGCUUUAAUUGGAAUUGGUAUAUCUUUGUUAGCUCUCAGUGCAGUUCAAGGGUAUCACGGUUACGUACUAUUUGUGUGGCUCUAUGGAAUUUGCCUGGGAGGUUUCACCUAUUCCUUGAAAAUGUUUGCUUUGGAGCGUAUUAAAAAUAAACAUUUUACUAAAGCCUGGAGCUUUAUUCAGGGUGCCAAGUCGAUUCCGGUACUUCUUGGUAUCCCGUUGACUGGUUACAUUAAUCAGGCUUAUCCCAAGGCUGGGUACUAUUUUAGCUUUUGUACUGCAUUGAUUGGUGCAAGCCUAAUGUUCCUAGUAGGCACAAGGAAAGACCACCUAAGCCUGCAAGCUAGUCCUGCAACUAAUUGCAAUCUGAACGGCUGUGGUGGAGUUGCAAAUAUAAACGAGUGCGUCUGCAGUGUUGGAGCGUAUAACGGUAUCUGCGCAGCCACUCCAGAACUAAUCCAGUACAACUUUUGUAGACAAGGCAGUAACCAGUACGAAAGGAUAUUUUCGAACUUUGACGAUUUUCACGCCAACAAACCCAACAUGAAUAAUUUCCAUAGGCAUUCUUAUCGUCAAAAAGCUCCAGAACACAUAAUCCACUAUUUACCAAAGAGUCUCAGCUACGCGGCCAAUAUUGACCAUUCUGCGUACCACACGCCAAAGCACCAUGUUCCUGUGAACCAUCACGAUUUAGUACGCUUUUCUUCACUGCCAAGACCUCACCAUCGAGGUAUCCUGAGACCUAGCAAGAGCGUGCCAGAAGGCUUAGCCAGAUGGGAGUAUUGCGGUUCUUAUAGGCGACCUUUGGUGAGAAACGUACAAGUUAUUGAACAAAUAACGACUUCGGUUUAAGAAGGGAUGAUUUUGUUAAGGGUAGAUUGUGUUUCGUUUUCACAUUUAAAUUUUGGUUCCAAUCACAAUUAUUGCUCUGCACCUUAUGGGUUCUAAGUAAUGUGAAAGCGAAACACUUACUUUAUUAAUUGAUUGAGUUCUAUCAAUAACAUCCUAUUAUUAUUUGAUAGAUAUUGAUAUUACUACAACUAUAUUACUUUUUUGGACUGAUUAGUUUAAUUACUGCAAAGAUUUCGUAUAUUUUGUCCAAAAACUAUUAUUAAAGCCGCGUUUUCAUAUGAAUUUUUAGGAUAUAUUUUAUUAAAAAAAAAGUCAAUGAUUAUAGUAUUUUAAAAUAAGCGUUUUGGACCAAUCCAGUAGCGAGUAGAUACAUUUGUGUAUAAUAAUUGCUUCUUCUCUUCAAUAUUUACCAAAGAAUUAUCUAAAUUAUUGUAUAAAAUUGAUGAAUAGCAAUAUGCAGCGGUUGUGAUAAAAUAUAAAGAAUGUAAAUAUAAAAAUUCAACUGCAAAAGAAAGUCUUUUUGGGGAACAACUUAAUUAUACACAAAAUUUAUUGUACCAUAUCAAGAGCUUCAGAUAUUAAUGAAAUUUGAUGAUGAAAAAAAUGUACAAAUGUUUUUUUUGCUUAAUUUAAAAUUGAUACCAAAUACACCUUAGGCUAAAAUUUUAGAAUUACUCCUCCUCUUGUACAAUUUUAAACGAAUUGCGUAAAAUAUCUAAAAAUAUAAUGUAAAUACAGAUAGGCCUUUAGAAAAAUAUAUUAUAUAAAAUAAGGGGUGGCGAUCAUUUGACCUUAUCGAGUUGUUGUAUGAAUGCAUAAUAUUGGAAAAGAAGGUAUAGAGUUUUAUCAGCCCUUAAAAGCUAUACAAAGGCUUUAUACCAUAAUGUCAUAAAUUUUUGUUACUUUACGCUUUCAUGUGUCAUAUUCCAAUACAUUUUAUACUGUAACUAGAUAAAAUAGGUAAAACGGUCGUCUACUCUCUUCAAAUAAAACUAUUAUACCUUAUAGGAGAAAAAAUAUUUGCUGUUGGGUAUGUAUUUAUUAAUUAAUUUAUUUACCGUUUUGUUGUGAAAUAUAAUAGAGUUUUUGAGUAGGUUUAUGGUUUGAUUUCAGCAAUUUUUCAAUUUUUUUCAGAAUAUUUCAGUGUAUGGAGUUUGGGGGGUCCCAAAGGACCAUUACGACACAAAAUUUGUACAA